AUGAGCGCCGAGGGCCAGGGGGACCCUGGAGAAGACCACGCUUCCAGGGUAGGAGCAGAGAGCCCUUGCAGCGACAUGAAGCGCGCGGCUGCAAAAAAGCUUAUUGAACGGUACUUUUACCAGCUUACGGAUGGAUGCGGAAAUCCUCACUGUGACAAUCAAAAUUGUGCCUCCAGUGGCAAGGUUAGUAAUCUCACUCCAAAUCAGGCAGCUGCCCAGGCGAUUCAAUUAUUCUCACAAGAAGCGAGACUUUGCGAUGGCACACAACCUAGCAAAGUUGCUCGGACUACUAUAGAACCAGGACAAACAUCCUUAGCUAAGAGUCUACCUGUAAAAAGCGUUAAUCCUCCAAGCUCGGAAGAAGGAAAACAAGAGCCAUAUCUUACGGAAGAUAAACUUCUGGACAUAAUAGAAAGAUGUAAAGCCGAAAGUUCGUAUUCUCUAUUAAUUCGUACUCUGGGGGAAGUGUUUUCCUCCGCAAAGGCAUUAAGUCUCAGCUUUCAAAAGACUGAGAAAAGCAAUUCCCCUCUGGCGGCGCUUCUCGAUCGAGCACCGGACACUUUGUUAAGGCCGCCUGCCGAUCUCAAUAAGGAGGCGGUACGAUCUCUUCAGGGAGAGGAUAAAGAUGAGGAUAGCAGCGAUCCGUCACCUACAGUUCCUAAUAAUGACGAUACCAGUGUCGAUUUACCAUCAGUUCGUAGAGCUUUCGAAGCACUUUGGUCCUUGCCUGGUGAAGUAUUCGAGUCAGCUCUGGUCAAUGCGCUAGUCACUUUGGCAGACGACAUAGAAUUAGACUUGAGGGUAUUCCGUAUAGUGCGCUGGGAAAGUAUGGAUAGUCUAUUAAAUGUAUUUCUCAUUGUCUUUGAAAUUCCGAUGCUCGGGAAUAGCGAAUACUUGGAGCUGGCGCUUCAUAUGCUGUGCAAAGCUCUGAGCUGCUUACCGGUCGUGGCGCAGGCAAAGUUAGCGCACAUAUGGGCCAAGCAUUGCAAAUCGCGGCUCCCGAGUCUUCUGCAAGCGCUACAAGAACUCAUAACCGUCAAGGUGAUUGGAGGAUCCUUCACGCGCGACUAUUGCGUCCAAGAUGCGGACACCAUUACCGCACCUACGAAAGUUAUGAAGAUUCUGUAUUACGCGAGUAUGUUAGCCGGUGAAUUAGAUGAUCCCGAACUGAUGUUAGGCGACGAGGCCGAGUCGGCUGGUAAUGACAAGACUGCUUCGCGUUCGGCGAUGUCGCAGGUCCCUCAAGAUCCACUAGCGACGGAAUUAGGAAUCACCGCGUUAGACGCACGCAAACCUUUCAUACCGUUCACCGACUUCUACAAUGAGCCGCUCAGCGAUGCCAUAGAAAUGGACAAAGAUUUUGCUUAUUACAAGAGCGAGGAGCCAAUGAAAUUUAGUUUUAUGAAUUAUGCUUUCAUUCUCACGCCUGCCACGAAAACUCUCGGUCUCUAUUACGACAAUCGCAUCAGGAUGUACAGCGAACGACGCAUGAGUUUCCUGCAGACUGUUGUCGGCCAACCCACCAAUCCAUAUCUUAGAUUAAAGGUCCGAAGAGACCAUUUAAUAGAUGACGCGUUAGUGGAAUUGGAAAUGGUAGCUAUGGAGAAUCCGUCUGAUCUGAAGAAGCAGCUUGUUGUCGAAUUCGAGGGAGAACAAGGUGUCGACGAGGGCGGUGUAUCCAAGGAAUUCUUUCAAUUGGUCGUGGAAGAGAUUUUUAAUCCUGAUUACGGCAUGUUCACUUCUCAGGAAGACACGCAAAUGACGUGGUUCAAUCCGACAUCGUUCGAGAGCGACGCACAAUUCACGCUGAUAGGCAUCGUCCUUGGCUUGGCGAUCUACAAUAAUGUAAUUUUGGACGUGCGCUUCCCGAUGGUGGUUUACAGAAAAUUGCUGGGCAGGAAAGGUGCUUUCGCGGAUCUGGAAGAUUGGAGUCCGACGUUGUACCGAACGAUGCGCGAGUUAAUGGAGUACACCGGGGACGACAUGCCGGAAACGUUCAUGCAAACCUUCCGGGUGGCUUACAGAGACGUUUUCGGAUCGAUAUCGUUCCACGAGCUCAAGGAGAACGGCGACGAAUUGUACGUCACGCAGGAGAACAAGAAGGAGUUCGCCGAUCUCUACGCGGAUUUCUUGCUCAACAAGUCGGUGGAGAGGCAAUUCAACGCGUUUAGGCGUGGUUUCCAAAUGGUCACGGACGAGAGUCCGCUCGCCUUGUUGUUCAGACCCGAGGAGAUCGAACAGCUUGUUUGCGGCAGCAAAAUCUUCGACUUCGCCGAACUGGAAGCGGCUACAGAGUACGAAGGCGGUUACACUGUCGAUAGCGAGGCCGUGCGUAACUUUUGGCGCGUGGCUCACUCCUUACCGCCCGAAAGUCAACGGAGACUUCUUCAGUUCACGACCGGCAGCGAUCGUGUGCCGGUCGGCGGCCUCUCGAGACUGAAAAUGGUCAUCGCCAGACACGGUCCGGAUUCUGACAGAUUGCCGAUAGCGCAUACUUGCUUCAACGUUUUAUUAUUACCGGACUACAGCACGAUAGAGAAGCUGCAGGAUCGGCUGUUGAAGGCGAUUAACUACUCGAAGGGUUUCGGCAUGUUAUGAACGUGUCGCCGUCGCUCCUCACUCUCUUCCUCAGUCUUUCGAAUUCUAUUCGAAGAACGCAGAUAAGAUAAGAUUCGACUAUUCUUGUCAUUUUUAUUGCAGCUACGCUAAUCGGAAGUAUUUAUCGUAAUAAUCGGUAAACCGUGCCAGUGCGCUUGAAAAACCAUGAGAAACAUCGCUUUUGUGCUGAAUCUGAAUCGUCAAAAGGCUCCUCUCCUAACGGUUCUAAAAAUUCCAACGAAUCAAAGAUCGAAUCCCGAAUCGAAUGUACAAAAGACGUAUUCUUAAAAAAAAAAAAAAAAAGGGAAAAAAAGGGAAAAAAGAGAGAGAAAAGAAGGAGAAGGGAAGAAACGGAAAGAACGCUUCGAAACUGUACCACCGCAAGAGAAUCGCUUGUACCAUACUAUGUGUACUUUUUCUACUAAAAGUAAAAAGAUAGCGGAGAUCGAUUUUCCUUUGCCAUUCCGAGACGAUUGAGAGAAGAAGUAGUGCGCAACAGAUGUCACACGAGAGCUACGCGGAGGUACGCGGAUGAUUGUGAAGAAACACGGAGGCCAAAACGGAGAAAGGGGAAACCGGAUUGUGGAGAUAAGUACGCAUCAUCAGCAAGACGUGAUCGACGUAAAGCGGGACGCGUUUCCCGGGGAACUCGACGGUCACGCGACUGUUGCAUAAUUUUUACCUUGAAUGACGAUUUCGUUCGCCAUUAUCUUCUCAUUCCCAGCAGGUCGAUUGAAUUUUCUCGUCGUUAUUUCGUAUUACUUGUUACUCCCGAGAAAUUUGCCGCUAGAGUUCGGACAGUCGAUUAAAUCCCGAUUAAAUCCCGAUCGAUACAUACACGCAUACACGCGCGAAAUUCACACCGAAGAAGAAGUACUCCAGAUGACAGUGAAACUUUUUAAGCCACGCUCGCAAAGCAUUUGAGUAUAGUUAUCAUCGCGUGACUUCUACCGUGCGAAUCGCGAUGUUUAAGUUGAGAUACAUCGUAAGGACAAGUUAAGAUUGAUGUAUAAAAAUUAUUUGCUCCGAGUUUGUUGUGUCUGCGAACGUAAUUUGAUAUACACGAAGUAAGGAUUUGAUUGUAUAAAGUAGCAAAUUUGCAGUACGUUACUAAUGAUACUUUGUUCAAGCCGCUUCUCGAAUGCAUUUGACGUUGUGAAGCCGAAGAUAGCCCCCUUUGCGCGAUAUGUAUUGAACAUGAUUUUAUGAACACGGACUUUUUUUUUGUAAAAUAAGGCGUGAGAGAGACACAA